GUACAAGAGGGAAAUAUCAACAAAGUCCCAAAAAUUCCCAAAAAUGUAAAAAGAAAUUAUCUAAUAUACCACUUCAUUUCAGUCGGUCUUUUCUUUUUAUCCCUCAAACUUAUGCUUGAUGGGAUAUUUUUAUCAAGAAAGAUCUUGCCCGAUCGGAAUAAUAUGACUUUUGAGAAAUCCAUUGAAAAGAGCGGCAUCUUCUCUGAGAUCUCUGAUCGGAAUUUAUUCACAAAGAGAAUGGAGGUUAACACACAAAUUCUUCCUCCUCGGAAGUUAAUCGUGAUCUUGGUAGAUGCCCUUCGAGAAUCCUUCGUUGAUGGUGACUUCAUCAACUAUGUUGGGGACUAUAAAGGAUACAGAAUGCAGUUGUUUAAGAAGCUUAAGGAGAAAUAUCCGAAAAGGCUAAAAAUGUUCACUUCUAUUGCAGAUAUGCCAACAGUGACGAAUCAGAGAAUUAGAGGAAUGUCAACCGGCACUGUUCCUCUUGUGUUUGAUUUAGGAGGUAAUGCAGGAGUCUCAUCACAGAUAGUAGAAGAUAGUAUAAUUUAUCAAGCAAAAGCAAUGGGGAAGACUAUAAAAAUGUAUGGAGAUGAUUUUUGGCUUGGCCUCUAUCCUACUUCUUUUGAUGAGCAUGAAAUAUUCCCCUCUCUUGAUGUUACAAAUCUUCAUGAUAAUGAUAACUUGGUCAGGAGGAGAGUCUUGGAUCAGAUACAUAACCACUCAGACUGGGACAUUCUAUGGACUCAUACACUUGGAAUCGAUCAUGCAGGACAUACUUUCAAUACAUUAGGAGAAGGAAUGAACCGAAAAAUUAAAGAUAUUGAACAGAUCAUUGAAGAAAUUAUUGAGAACCUUCCUGAUAACACCACAAUAGCAUUAAUCAGCGAUCAUGGCUUGACUCCAAUAGGGUCUCAUGGUGGGAAAUCUGAUGAUGAAAUUUACACAUUUGUAGCAUACUUCCAAAAAGAUGUUGAUUUUCCUGAAGACAGAAACCCAAGCGAAAAACUAAAAAUAAUUUCACAAAUCUCUACUUGCCCAAAUAUUGCAGUUCUAGGAGGUUUGAACUUUCCAUUCAGUAAUGUUGGAAGCUGGAUUCCUGAAAUAAUCACGUUCAGUCCUAACUCAACAAAGCACCAGCAGUUGCUUGAGACUCUGAAAAUAUUUGUCAGGAAUGAAGUCCAGACAUAUAUUUACAUCACAAAAUACUUAGAGAUCACAGAGAUAUCAGAUCCAGGGACUAAAGCCAAGAUGGAGGCUUACCUCCUUAGUAUUGAAGGAAGGUUUAAAACCUUGGUUUUCAAGUUCAAAUCCUCUAGCUCUCUCUACUCAGCGGAAGGAACUCCCUCAGCUGAGGAAAUAGACCAGCUGGAGGCUGACAUUUAUGAGUAUAUAGAUACAGGAAGUGAGAGAAUCCUGGAAAUCAAAGAGCUCCUGAUUCCAGAAUGGAACGUUUCCUACAUCAACACCUCUAUAGCUAUCGGCGCUCUUUCAAUGUUAGUGCUGGUCUUCAAGGUCUUGAAGAGAGAUACAGAAGAAAAAGAUAAAAUUAAGCAGAGUUAAGCAGAGAGAUUAGCAUGGGAAAGGUAC